GUCGAACCUCUGAGUCAUGUCGUAAUCAAAAUAAUUGAUAACUUUUUUUGUUAGCAAAGAUUUUGUUAAUUACAGAAAAGUUUUCAUAUCUUGUCAAGAUCUUGAUUCAGAUUUUUGCAGGCAAAUUCCUCCAAAAAGACUUGACAAGAUCUUGAUCAAGGUUUUUUCAGGCAGAGUCCUCAAAAAAAAGUUGACAAGAUCUUGACAAAUAUUGGCGAACAUUCUUUGAGAUCAAGAAACUUGACAGAUCUUGUGCAGAUAUGAACUUUCUGCAGGACAUGGGUUAAUGUUCUUGCACCAUAGCGUUAAAUGUUCUUACGCAAUAACCUUGACCAUAGUCUUACACUAUAACUCAAUCGGAGAAGUUAGUGAUGUCCUACUUGUAAAAUAUGCGCUAACGAAUUUGAAAUUAAAUCUCACAUAUUAACUGCAGCAAUUUCGAACUUCAUCUUUUUAUUUCGAUUAGAACUUUUAUGGAAUUUUCGGACAGUAAUAUUCAUUACUGAUAAUAAUGUCAGGUUUUUAAUGCACGUAAGAGCUUAAGUGUAUACUAAAAGUGGAGGAAUGGAAAACAAAAUUGAGGAGAAAGUCGUUUUUCAUCAAGUACGAAGUUAAUAAGUCACGAAACAGACAAAAAUGGUGUUUAUUUUUUACUUCUUCAGUGUAAUUCUUUAUUCAUUUGUGUUGAUAAUGGCCGUUACUGGCUGAAAAUUCCAUAAAACUUCUAACUGAAAUAAGAAAAUGAAGCCAGAAAUUGCUGCAGUUAAUACGUCAGAUUUGAUUUUAAAACCGUUGUCCUUUACUGAUAUUAAAUUAAACGAAUAGUGGAAAUUAAAUAUUUCUCAAUUUCAAAUGAGACAGAGGAGAAAAUUUUGGUUCAUAAUUCACUACUGUUGUAUCGUCAUCAUUUUGUUACAUUCUCCCUUCAAAUGUUUUUUGUCUUUCUAUACAGGUGAUUUACAUCCGGAUGUAUCCGAAGUCAUGUUGUUUGAUAAAUUUGCCUCGGCUGGUCCAGUUUUAUCAGUUCGUGUUUGUCGUGAACUAAUAACUCGACGCUCACUUGGUUAUGCUUACAAACAUAUUUUACUCUAUUUCGUAGCUGAACGAGCUCUUGAUACAAUGAAUUAUGAUGUACUACAUGGAAAACCAAUACGAAUUAUGUGGUCACAAAGAGAUCCAGCACUGCGAAAAUCUAGUAUUGGAUAUGUGUUUAUUAAAAAUUUGCACAAAAGUAUUAGUAGUACAUCGUUACAUGAUACAUUUUCUGCAUUUGGAAAUAUUUUAUCGUGCAAAGUUUUGACUGAUGAUCAAGGACAAAGUAAAGGUAUUGGAUUCGUUCAUUUUGAAUCGCAAGAGGCAGCUGGUAUGUUAUCUCAAUACGCGUACUUGAGACAAAAUAGCUUACUAUUUUGUCUCAAAUAUGUCGGUCGAUUUUUGCCACGAAAUCAACGGUCUGAUAUUGAUGGUCCUCGAAAAUUUACAAAUAUUUUUGUUAAAAAUUUUGGUGAUCAGCUGAACGAACAAAAAUUAUAUGACCUAUUUGCACCAUAUGGAAAAAUAACAUGUUGUAAAGUACCACUGGAUGAAAAUGGUCAAUCAAAAGGUUUUGGUUUUUGUAGUUUCGAAAAUCCAGAAAUGGCUGAAGAGGCGAGAUUGAACAAUUAUACACUUGGUGAUAAGCAAUUGUACGUUGGACGAUUUCUGAAGAAACAUGAGUGUACGGCUGAAAUGAAAUGUCGAAAAGAAUUGCAACGUCAAGAGCGCAUGAACAAAUAUCAAGGUGUGACUUUAUAUAUCAAAAAUUUGGAUGAUACAAUUGAUGAUGAACAUUUGAAAAAAGAAUUUAGCAAAUUUGGUACAAUUACAUGUGCAAAAGUCAUGACCGAUGGCGAACGAUCAAAAGGAUUUGGCUUCGUUUGUUUCUCGGCUCCUGAUGAAGCAACAAAGGCGGUCACAGAAAUGAACGGUAGGGCUGUUGGUUCGAAAUCGUUAUAUGUUGCAGUAGUACAACGAAAGGAAGAACGUCGUGUUCAUUUAACUAAUCAAGAUAUGCAACGUCUGCAAACAUCACAUAUGCAAAAUCCUAAAAUGCCAAUGCAGUUCUCAAUGUCUAAUUUACCAAUCAUGGCACCACCACAACCACAAAACAACUUUCAGCAGCAAGCAAUGUCCGUCUGUCGCACUCAGCCCACAUUGGUCACAGACAACAAUCAGACCACAAGCAACAUUUCCCACUCAGUCGCACCCAUUGCCACAUCAAUGUGUUCACGCACCAACAGUGCAGAAAAUACCAGUGGCGGGAAUCAAUGA